AUGGACGAAAUGGACAAGGAAAUAGUAGAGUUAAGUGGUAACGAAUGUGAUCUUUACUCGAAUAAGGUUUGCUAUGUAUCUUUACUGGUCACUCUUUUAAUUACCACAACUGCACAAUUUUAUGGUGGCGGCGGAAGUGCAGCAGCUGCCGAAGGAGGAGGGGCAUAUGGCUAUCCGAAUGGUGGCGCUGCUGCAGCCGGUGCGUCUGCUGCUGGUGGAGGAGGUGGAUAUGGUUAUCCAUAUGGAGGUGCUACUGCAGUUGGUGCCGGAGGUGGUGGUUUAAACUAUCCAACCGGAGGUACUAGUGCAGCAGCUGUCGGAGGUGGUGGAUUUGGCUAUCCAGCCGGAGGUACUAGUGAUGCUGCUGCGGCUGGUGCAGCUGCUGUCGGCGGAGCAGGUGGAUAUGGUUACCCAUAUGUAGAUGCUGGUGGCUCUGCAGCGGCCGGUGCAACUGCUUCCGGCGCAGGAGGUGGAUAUGGUUACCCAUAUGGAGGUGCUGGUGCUGCAGCUGCAGCCGGUGAAAUAGGAGGACAUGGUUUUUUAAAUGGAGUUGGUACUGGUGCUGCUGCAGCUGGUGCAGCAUCUGUUGGAGGUACAGGGGGUUAUGGUUUUCCGCAUGGGGGUGGUGCUGUUGCUGCCGGUGGUGCAGCGGCUGGGGGCGGUACUAAUGCUGCUGGUGCAGCAGUUGCAGGAGGCGCAGGUGGGUACGGUUUUCUGCAUGGUGGUGGUGCUGGAGCUAGUGUAGCAGCUGCUGGAGGUGCAGGUAGUUAUGGUUAUCCGCAUGGGGGUGGUUCCAUAGCAACCGGUGAAGCAGCUGCAGGAGGAUAUGGAUAUUCACAUGGUAUUGGUGCUGGUGCUGCAGUUGCCGGCGGUGGUUCUAGUGCAGCCGGAGUAGUAGCUGGUGGUGGUAUAAGUGGAUAUGGCAGUAGUGCAGCAGCAGGUAGUGCAGCCGCAGCAGGAGGUAGUGGUUACAGUGGCAGGCGACGAUGA